CUGCUUCUAAAUUUGGUCAAAGAAGUCAUACGGCAGCCUUGUUCUUAGAGCUUGAACGAGAGUGCUCGGCGGACGCUACCUCUCAAUUCCACGGGAUCCGAAUCUGCUAUCUCAGAAUGUGCAAAAUGGAAACCGACAAUUUAAGACACAUGCCAUGCUGAAAUAGGAAUUCGAUCGAGGACUAGACGGACUAACACAUUAAAAACAAAUUCGCUCGGAAUUAUGUCGACGAGGAAAAAGAGUAUCCUACUGUACUGAGAGAAAUUAUAAAUAGAAUCGAAGAAAAAAAAAAUUUUUUUUUUGCAACACGUAAGGAUUACUUUUUAAAGACGGAACCAGAAGAUCUCUUUCACAAAGGACUGGAGUCAACCCCCGUCUCGCACCUAAGAUUCUGUACUGAACGCAGGCUAACAGGACGCUCGACGGAGACCUCGCUGGCCGCACAGACCACUCCUUGAUAACUUCAGAUUUCCACGGCGACGCGACGCGCCUUCCGUGAGCGAAUUUCGGCGAGAGCAUGUCGGAGCGCUGCGCGCGACGACACACCGCCCUGGGGUACCGAGUGGCGGCUCGCGGAGCGUAAGGGGCAGACGGCACGAGCCAGCGAGCGAGCCGAACGAAGCGGACGGCCGGGCGGGCGUCACGUCGUCGAGGCGCGCGCGGCGUAACUGACACUUUUUUUUUUUUUUUUUUUUUUUUUUUUUUUAUACCCCCUCUUUAUUUUUUUUUUUCGCUUAUCGUGGAGGAACUAAAAAAGGCAUUUUUGAUGAUUCGAGACUUGAGCAAGAUGUACCCGCAGGCACGGCAUCCGGCUCCUCACCAACCUGCUCAGCCCUUCAAGUUCACCAUAUCGGAGUCGUGCGACCGCAUCAAGGAGGAGUUCCAGUUCCUUCAGGCUCAGUACCACAGCCUGAAGCUGGAGUGUGAGAAGCUGGCCAGCGAGAAGACGGAGAUGCAGAGACACUACGUCAUGUACUACGAGAUGUCUUACGGCCUCAACAUUGAGAUGCACAAACAGGCAGAAAUUGUGAAGAGACUGAAUGCCAUUUGUGCCCAAGUGAUUCCUUUUCUGUCUCAGGAGCACCAGCAGCAGGUGGUGCAGGCUGUGGAGCGGGCCAAGCAGGUGACCAUGGCUGAGCUCAAUGCCAUCAUAGGGCAGCAGCAGCUCCAGGCUCAGCAUCUCUCUCACGGCCAUGCCCUGCCAGUGCCCCUCACACCCCACCCCGCGGGCCUGCAACCUCCCACCCUCCCACCUGUGGGCAGCAGUGCCGGUCUUCUUGCUCUCUCCAGCGCCCUCAGCGGUCAUCCCCAGCUGCCAAUCAAAGAUGAGAAAAAACACCAUGACAGUGAACACCAAAGAGACAGAGACUCUGUUAAGAGCUCCUCCGUGUCACCAUCAGCAAGUUUCAGAGCUGCAGAGAAGCACCGGAAUUCCAACGACUACUCAUCUGAGAGCAAGAAACAGAAGACCGAGGACAAGGACCUUGCAACCCGUUAUGACAGCGAUGGUGAGAAGAGUGAUGACAACCUGGUAGUGGAUGUGUCCAAUGAGGACCCCACCUCACCCAGGGGAAGCCCUGCCCACUCCCCCAGAGAGAAUGGAUUGGACAAGAGUCGACUGAUGAAGAAAGAUGCCCCCAUUAGCCCUGCCUCUAUUGCCUCCUCCAGUAGUACGCCCUCCUCCAAGUCCAAAGAGCUCAGCCUGAAUGAGAAGUCGACUACUCCCGUGUCGAAGUCAAGCACCCCAACACCUCGCUCUGAUGCCCCCACUCCUGGCAGCAACUCUACGCCUGGUCUCAGGGGGGUGCCUGGUAAACCCCCUGGAGUGGAUCCUCUGGUACCUGGUCUCCGGACCCCAAUGGCAGUGCCCUGCCCCUACCCUGCACCAUUUGGCAUUGUGCCCCACGCGGGCAUGAAUGGGGACCUGACCAGCCCGGGUGCCGCCUACGCUGGCCUCCAUAACAUCUCCCCUCAGAUGAGUGCAGCUGCAGCUGCUGCGGCUGCUGCUGCGGCUUAUGGUCGUUCACAAGUGGUUGGUUUUGAUCCGCACCAUCACAUGCGUGUUCCUGGCAUGCCGCCCAACCUCUCUGGCAUCCCGGGUGGAAAGCCGGCAUACUCCUUUCAUGUGAGCGCUGAUGGGCAGAUGCAGCCCGUCCCCUUCCCUCCAGAUGCUCUCAUUGGCCCUGGGAUCCCACGCCACGCCCGCCAGAUCAACACACUGAGCCACGGGGAGGUGGUGUGCGCUGUCACCAUCAGCAACCCUACCCGCCAUGUCUACACAGGGGGCAAGGGCUGCGUCAAAGUCUGGGACAUCAGUCACCCCGGCAACAAGAGCCCUGUCUCCCAGCUGGACUGCCUGAACAGAGACAACUACAUCCGCUCCUGUCGGCUGUUGCCUGAUGGUCGCACACUGAUAGUGGGCGGAGAGGCCAGCACGCUGUCCAUCUGGGACCUGGCUGCCCCAACCCCACGCAUCAAGGCGGAGCUCACCUCCUCAGCCCCUGCCUGCUAUGCCUUGGCCAUCAGCCCUGACUCAAAGGUGUGCUUCUCCUGCUGCAGUGACGGCAACAUCGCCGUGUGGGAUCUUCACAAUCAGACACUGGUCAGGCAGUUCCAGGGCCACACGGAUGGAGCCAGCUGUAUUGACAUUUCAAAUGAUGGCACGAAGCUGUGGACAGGAGGCCUGGACAACACUGUGAGGUCCUGGGAUCUUAGAGAGGGCCGACAGCUUCAGCAGCAUGACUUCACCUCACAGAUCUUCUCCCUGGGCUACUGUCCUACGGGCGAGUGGCUGGCUGUAGGCAUGGAGAACAGCAAUGUGGAGGUCCUACAUGUUACUAAACCUGACAAGUAUCAGCUGCACCUCCAUGAGAGUUGUGUCCUGUCUCUCAAAUUUGCCCACUGUGGUAAAUGGUUUGUCAGCACAGGGAAGGACAAUUUGCUUAAUGCUUGGAGAACACCUUAUGGAGCCAGUAUAUUCCAGUCCAAGGAGUCAUCCUCCGUGCUGAGCUGUGACAUCUCUGUGGAUGAUAAAUACAUUGUCACAGGCUCCGGGGACAAGAAGGCCACAGUCUACGAAGUUAUUUAUUAGUAGGGUGGGGGGAUGGAGUGCAAUUGUGAAGAAAACACCCUGUCAAAGCACUUUGUUAUAUUUGUUCUGUGAGGCUUGACUUUCCUGAAGCGCGGACAUAUUCAGAAAGACCAGAAAAGCACCUAGCAUACCCUGACCCCUAUUUUUACGUUGUGGCUGAGGACCGAAGCACUUACGAUACCAAAUUCUCUAUCCAGCAAUUGACAGAGGAAGCAAAACUGUUCCUUUUCCCCACAAUGGAGCCUUUUGGUUUUGUACAGCAGCUUUAAGCUAUUUAUUUUUAAAGAGGUUUUGUUUAUAAAUCAGUGUUUCAAUGGAACUGCACUCAUUUGAAUGACAGUCCACAAGAAAGGUUUUCAGGACGGUGUUCAUCUACAGACCUGCACAGGAAGUGCGGAUCUCUCACAAGCUAAAUGCUCAGUUGGCAGAGCCUAACCAGUUGGAUUACAAUCCUGUUCCCACAGACUCGGCGGUACAUUACAUGGCAGGGGAGCUGGAAUCGACUGGUCUCCCUGCAGAUGGGGGAGCAGCCAUCGAUUAGCCUCCCUGUGGCUUACAGAACAGAGAUCGAUUGCUCUGCCUGCCAAGGCGAAAUGGCAAUCAAUUGGUCUCUCCGAGGAUGUGAGGAGACAAACGAAAGGAAACAAGACACCAGAGCAGUGCUUCAGGCGAAAUUUCACCAUGUGACCAGGAUUAGCUGCGUGAUUGGCCUUUGCCUCCUCCAGGCAGGGAACUUCCUGCAGAUGUCUUACAGUGGACUUGUUUUGAAAAUUUUUCCUAGACACACCAUUUUCCUUGGCACUUGUAUGUAAAUAACAUGUUUCUUUUUUCUCUGCUUUAUUUUCUGGAACAUUUCUGUGUAUUGAAUGCUUAAAAGAACCCAGUGUGUGGAUCUGCUGAUGUACAGUGCCUUUUGCUGCUAUAGAUGAAGUUGUCAAUAUUGGUACUACUGUAUAUUGUAUUGGUUUUGGUGUUCUCUGCAUUUGAUAGUAGAAUCUAGUCGUUGGCCCAGUUUGUCCACAGGGGCUUCAAAGCACAGGGACCAGGCUGGGCUCAAAAGAUAGUCCUUCAGAGCGCCAUUUCAGAUAGCAUAAUGGAAAUUUACUGGACACGUGGGUUUGAGUUGCAAGGAAUCUGGCAGAAUAUGAAAUUAGUAGACUUCCAUAGCAUCAUUUCAUAGAGAAGUGUCAAAAGAAUGUCACUGUGGUGGUUGCUGUGGGAGCUGGUGACUCAGUUCUGGUGGCAAGUUUUCUAAUGGCUCAUUGAAGCACAAGUCAUCCUCUAAACAUUUUAAACUUCCUUCCUUCCCUUUACAUUGCUAAAGCUCAAGCCAUCAUGUUUAAUGAGUGCCACCCAAUAACUUGAGUCCACUGGAGAGAGUUACUAAUAGCAUACUACCUUACUGAAGAAUGCUACAGUAUUUGUAUUUUCUACUGCAUAGCUCAGUAGCUCAGUAUGGAGUGUACAUAUUCAGCUGUCCUUUGCACCUAGCUGUGGCACCGAAACUGUGUUUUUGUUUUGAUGCAGGGGUCAUUCUGAGCUGUUAAAGGAUUUUGAUACUAAACAUGAUGUAUAUAGUGCUAACCAAACCCCAGCCUUUUGUUUGCUCUUUUUGGCCAACACAGAGACCAGUAUGUAUAGAUAGAUGCACACAAAUAAAAAAUAUAUGUAUUGACAUGUGUGCAUGCGUGUGAGAUACAUGACUUUUUAAGGACGGCAUACAUAUAGAAAGGUCAUUAAAUUUUUUAUUUUUUAUUUUUUUUUAAACUGAAAGUCAGCUGAAAUAGGUUAAUAGGCAGUCACCUUCUCAUAUAUAGGAGGGCUUUCUAUUAUAUUCUUUUUCUGGUCCAUGAGAGAGCAACGACCUCAUAAGGCAGAACACUCGUUUAUUGUGGUGAAUUGGUUUAAUUCCAUGUGAACGGAGUUGUCGCAAAAAUUCACAAAUUUUUUUCGUCUGUGAACAAAAAAUGCAUUCUCAAAUCCAUAUGUAUUUGCCAACAAUGAUCAAAUGAAAUUUUUAUUAUCAAUUAGUUUCUGAAUGAGCUGUUUAUGAAAUUUACAAGCUUUAGCAGCAAAUGGUAGCGUAACAAAGUGAAUGAGAAUCUACAUUAGAUGGAUGAUUACUUAAAAGUCCUGGCACUUUAAAUGUGUUGCUAUUUAAAUAAAAAUAUAUGUUCAGAAUUACAAUAAGUUAAUUAUUCACUAUAGGAUAGGGGAAAAUAGAUACUUAACACCUCCAGCAUCCACCUAAAUAGCUCCUUUAACUGUAGCAGUUAAAUUAGGAGGAUGGAAAAAGUGUUCAGUACUUGCUGUCCUUUUUGCAUUCAUUCUGAUCCAUAUUGACUUUUUUUUUCCCCUCUUAAUGGCGCCUUUUGCCCAGGUCACUCUCAGAAGGUUGAUUAAAAUUUUGACUGGAUAAAAAAAAAAACAGGAAAGUAUAUGAAAAUCGGGAAACCUGACCUGUGAAAUACUCAAGUACUGUUGAAGGUCAACAUGUAACAGCUGUACAUAACUUUUUUGUGGAAUCCUAAUGUGUAAUCAGAGAAAAUUCUUAGAUUAUGUAUUGUGCCAGGCCCUGUAUAGCUGGGUCCAAACAUCCUCUGCAUAACACAUAACAUGAUUCAUUUAAACAUUGUUUAGAAAUUCAUGGUUUUCUACUGUAUGUAGCAAUUCUGAAAUAUGUCAUUCAGUGAGAGCUGCAGGAUCUGCUUUGGUAUUGAAUAGAUUGUCAAGACACUAUUUCAUGACUGAAAAAAGAAAAAUGUAUGCUUAAAAUGGAAAGAAACAACCUGUUGCUAGUUAUUGUUUCUUUAAUACAAAAUGCAUUUUGUCUGUUUUCUAGUCUGUGUCUAAAUUUAUUAAAUUCCUCUGUUACCUUAAAUGUCACCAUCGGGCUCUUGCACUUGUGUUGCUUAAAUGUAGUAAUAUCUUUUAAACUUUUGUUUUUACUUAAGAAUUAACGUGGGUUAAUUGAUCAGUUGAUCUGUACAGAGGUUCUCUAGGAAUAUAGCAUGACACGUUAUGAAAAGUGCUAAAAUUAGUCUAAGGGAAUUCUCUUAAGAGAAACCUUUCAUAUGAAAAACAUAAAACAAAGUUAAUUAUCAAAACACCCAAAUUAAUGUUCAUAAUGUAGACUGUUUUAUAUGUUUUUUAUACUUUAAUAUGCUUAAGUUACCCAUUAAAACAACCCCAUGCAACAUCAAAGUCCAUCUUAUAUAUCUUUAUCAAAGAAUGUUACUGCAUCCUAUGACUGUAAUGGCUCUUUUAAUUAAAUACUUUGCACAAUGUUUCUGAUACAUUGUUUUGGUAAUAUUCAAUUUGGUUUCUUUUUAUUUUUGUCUUAGUCUAGUAAAUAUUGCUGUAUCAGUGCCUGAUGGUGUUACUUUUGUUAGACAUUAUCAAGGACAGGGAAAGAAAAUUUAACUUUUAAAUUGAAAAACUGUUUUAUGCAAAAAGAAAUGUCCCUAUUUGUUUUACUUUUAAUGACACUGGGCCUGGAAAAAAAUAUGAACAAUUUAUUAAGGAAAGGACAAAUUGUACCUUCAAAACAGCUUUGGUUCUUUUUGGAAUGCUGUCAUACACUUCCACCGAACCCUUGUUCAUAAAGAAAUGCCUACAUUUCUUUGAAGGAGGAAUAACAUGAGCUACUCUGCUGUCAA